AUGCCCGUUCCCGUUCAAGUUGCAUUCAAGCCCCUCACCAAGCCAGAGGUGGGCGUCAAUGGCUACGUUGAGCCAACUAUCGGCAAGUCAGAAGUCCUCAAGAAAGGCUCAGCGCCAUUCAAGGCCAGGACACUUGACUCGGACAUCCGCGUUGACCACGACGUCGAGAUCACUGUCCGCGAUGGCUGCAGGCUCUACGCCGAUGUUUUCCGUCCUACCGGCGAUGAGAAAGUACCUGUCAUCAUCUCAUGGUCUCCUUAUGGCAAAAAAUACUCUGCACUCGACAUGAUCUUCAACGUCUGCGUCUGGGCAUGCUGCCUCAAACGCGAAGAUGUCAGCGGUCUGGAAAAGUUUGAAGGCCUCGACCCUGCUUGGUGGGUGAACCAAGGCUACGCCAUCGCCAACGUUGAUGCCCGUGGCGCUGGAGACAGCGACGGUGACGCUGUCUGCAUGGGUGCUCAAGAGGGUGAAGAUGCACAUGAUGUCAUCGAAGCUCUCGCGAAGCUGCCUUGGUGCAAUGGAAGCGUGGGGAUGGCUGGUAAUUCUUAUUUGGCCAUUAUGCAGUGGCACGCCGCCGCCCAGAAGCCUCCAUCCUUGAAGGCAAUUGCGCCUUGGGAGGGCUGCGGAGAUAUUUUCCGAGAGCAGUUUUGCCGGGGUGGAUGGUUCACCAUGAGCAACUUUGAUCUCAUCACAACGCUGGUGAUCAAGGGCAACCAUGGUGUGGAAGACUUUGCUGAGAUGUAUCGCCGCAGCCCCACUGCCAAUGCUUACUGGAACGAUAAGCGUGUUGAUUUCAGCAAGAUUGACAUUCCUGUCUUCAUCACCGGGUCCGACCUCAGCCAGAUCCAUACUAUGGGCGCUGUGCGAGGCUGGAUGGAGUUGAAGAGUGAUAAGAAGUGGAUCAAGUGGUGUGGUCAUCAGGAGUGGUUUGAGCUCUAUGGCGAGAGGGAGAGCUACCCAGAGCUCAAGAAAUACUUUGACAAGUAUCUCAAAGGCAUCGACAACGACUGGGAGAAGACGCCCCGAGUCCGUUGGGCGACCCUCCAAUAUGACCAAGGCCGUGUUGAGGAGAACAUCGAGUUGGCCGACUUUCCCUCGCCAAACACUGAUUACCGCUCAUUGUACCUUGGAUCGGAUGGCAGCCUUCUUGACGCUCUUCCUUCCGCCGGUACUACCUCUCACAAUUCUGAGGAUCGAUGGUCCAUCUCCAAGUUUCGAUACACUUUCGACAAGCCCACGCGGAUCUUGGGCAUUCCCAAAGCAGAGCUCUAUAUGAGUUGUGAUGCUCUGGAUGACAUGGUUGUCUUUGUGCAGCUGCGAAAGCUCGACAAGACAGGCAAGGAGCUGAGCCAUCUGCAAUUCCCCAUCGAGAGGACUCCCGUCAAGACAGUUGAGGAAAUGUCUGAGAAGGAGCGUAUAAGCCUUACCCUGCACAACGGCUCAAUGGGAAUUCUUCGAGCCUCUCAUCGCAAGAUUGACUCUACCCGCUCAAUGCAUUCCCAGUUCCCUUUCCACCCACACGAUGAGGUGCAGUUGAUCCCAAAGGGUGAGGUUGUCAAGCUGGAGAUUGGUAUCUGGGCCAUGGGUGUUGACUAUCAGGCCGGGGAGAGCAUCCAGUUCGAUGUUUUGGGGCAGUAUCCCGGGUUCACAGAAGUGACUGCGUUUUCCAAGCCCAGGCCGGAUAGCGAGAAGAACAAGGGCCGCCAUACUGUUCACUUCGGUGGUGAUUAUCCUAGCAGAGUCAUUCUUCCUUUUGUUGAGCUAUAG